AUGUCGGAUAACACGGCAGAAAGCGUCCUCGUCCCCUUUCUCGGGGCCUUCCAGGCCUCCUUGUCGGUGCUGCUGACCAUCGCCUUCGGCGUGAUUGCCGCGCAGUAUGGUCUUCUCGAUGGACAGAGCAGCAAGAAGAUAUCGACCUUCUGCGUCCGCAUGGCGCUGCCGGCACUUUUGAUCACGAAUGUCGGGUCGCAACUCGACCUCGAAACUGGGCUACGCUAUGUACCCAUCAUAUUAUGGGCCAUCUUUUACACGACGGCGUCAAUCGGCAUUGGCAUGUUCCUGAACAAGGUCCUGGGCAUGCCCGAUUGGGUGACACCAGCCAUUGCCUUCAACAACACCACCAGCCUGCCUCUGCUGUUGGUGCAAUCACUCGAUGCGACGGGCAUCCUCAGUUCCAUCGACGACAGCUCCGAUGUGGUGGCCAAAGCCAAGAGCUACUUCCUCGUCAACGCCAUGAUCGGCAACUCCCUCACCUUCGCCCUCGGGCCCAAGCUCCUCAACGGCCACGAGGAAGAAGCCCCAGACAAGGACGGAGACCACGAAUCGAGCGAAGACGAACAAGACGACGACGUCGAAUCCCAAGACCUCGAGCGCGACGAGCGAACAUCCCUGCUCCCGCACCGCGUCGUCGCCAAACGCACCCGCGCCCAGCACCACCUCGCCCGCAACACGAACCGCCUCUGGUCCGCCGUCCCUGCCCCCGUCCAACGCAGCCUCAGCUUCCUCUCCAGCUUCGUCAACGCGCCUGUCAUCGGCGCCCUCCUCGGCGCGCUCGUCGGCCUCGUCCCCGCGCUGCACCGCCUCUUCUUCUCUGAGCCCGAGGCCGGCGGCUACCUCAACGCGUGGCUGACAUCAGCACUGAAAAACGUCGGCGACCUCUUCGCGACGCUGCAGGUCAUCGUCGUGGGCGUGAAGCUCUCCAAGGCGCUGCUGCAGUUCAGGAAUGGGUCCGAGUCGAAGGAGAGCCACGUGCCCAUGGUGCCGUUCCUGGCGGUCACGGUGGUGCGCUUUGUGGUGUGGCCCAUCAUCUCGAUUGGGGUAAUUUACGCGCUCGCGAGCAAGACGGACCUUCUGACAAAGGAUGCGCUGCUGUGGUUCUGCUUGAUGCUCAUGCCGACGGGCCCGUCGGCGAUGAAGUUGUCGGCGCUGGCGGACUGCGAGGGGUCGGAUGAGGCGCAGAAGAUGUUAAUUGCCAAGUUUUUGACGAUGUCGUACAUUGUCUCUCCGUUAAUCUGUUUUGCCGUCGUUGGAGCUUUGAAGGCAAGCGAAGCUGUCGCGGCAGGAUGA